CUACCAACCCCAACCCAUCCAUAACACAAACAUAAACCCCACCACCACCUCUUAAUAACCAAAAUCCGAAAAUCCUAAACUUUCGUUCCUUUGAGUCCUCAACAAACACGAAUAGUUACUUUAAUCCUACUUAAUUCACCUUUCAGUAACUAGCUGGUCUUUCCCAUCCCAGCGUCAUCAGAUCGACGAAAUCUCCAUCUAUCGAUACGACAAAGUAUUGAAGGGCGCCUGCACCGUACCUUUCAAUAUCACGAAUUUCGAUAUCACGAAUUUCUCCGUCUGCUUUCUCACAUCUCUCGAAAUAACGCGACCUUGCACGCUUACGACAUUCUUUUUACUUGCACUAUUACGAAAAGUUUAUCUGUGAGCAGGAAAUUCAACGUCAUUUAAGUUACUGAUUUCGCAGAUUCGACGCGACAUACAUAGUUCCCUCAAAAGUCAACUUACUCUCACGGCGCAAACGCACCAAACGCCACCUACCUCCGGCUGGAGCUGUCAAAUCUUGAGACACUUCUUCUUUGUUGUACUGUCAAGGAAAUAGGAUUGCUACAGAGGUAGUGGAGGGGGCCGAAAUCUUUUUUUCUGCGGUUGUGCCGCGCCCGCCGUCAUCAUGGUCAGAAUAACCAAGACGAUACAGCCCAAGCACCUGGAAACCUUGGUAAGUGUUUUUAUCUGUUAAUUAACAUAUAUGGUCAAAGCUGACAUCAUACAUUUAGUCUCCCUUCAUCAGCGAAUUCGUGAAAACCGCAUGCUCCAUAUCUCUGCCCCUCCUUCCGCAACAUCUCUCAAAAUUUCCUACAAGAUGGCCUUUCCCCCGUGGCGACCUUUAUCAUUGGAUCGCCCUCUUGAACCGCUUUGAUGUGAUACUUGAAAGAUUUUGCACAGCAUACAAGCUAUCAGAUGGCCCUCAAAAAGUAGACUUUGGUCGUGAAAUGCUGGAGUCCAAUGGAGGAGAAGCAGCGGACGAUGCGAAGACUCACAAUCUGCCCGAGUUGGGCUACGGAGAGGAUGGAGAUAGACAAUUGAUUGAAGCGAUCUUGAAAUUCUCAAAGACGCUUUUGGAAAAUUGUGGCAAUCGCAGUAUUUAUUCUAGCAGUCCGCAUCUAGGGAGUCUACUCAAUACGACGUCUUUGUCAUUACUUGAGAAUACUCUUCUGGUCACAUCUCAAUUGGCUCAGAGAUAUAACUCUGCUAUGAAGCGUGUUGGAUCUGCUAGAAGUAGCAAGCAUCUUUUGGCAGAGCAUUACAAUAUUGAUCUUAAUAGAGUUCUUCAGUUAGCACUGCCUUUCAGCAAGACCAUCACCACGCCGCCAGACUCACAACACCCUACCACGACACCUAAUCCCACAACUCCAGGGGCUAAAGGCAAGGAGAAGGACAAGGCUUAUUUCAACCUUCCAAUAAGCCACAAAAGUUCAACUACCAUUGUUUAUGCAAAUGAUCUCGUUUCAAUAUACAAAGGUGGAUCAGGGGUCAGCACAAAUACCAAAAGCCCUCGAAGAGGUUCUGAUAAUACUGCAUCGCCUCUAUCGCAGACGAGCUGGGAUGAGUGGGGAGACGUCAGGAUGACUUAUUAUCCGAAAACCAAAACAGAGCCCGAGCCAGCCAACAAUGCAUCGAAACCAGUCGAUGUCAUUGCAACUCCUGUCCCACCUGUCACUCCAACACCGGUUCGCAGAUCAUCCAAUCUCGGCCCCAACGCCCACCGUCCGAAUCGUUCCUCGACAACAGAAGAGGCAUCUCCAACUUUGGCACGUACCCCAACAAUGCCUGCCGAUGAUGCGCAACGACAGAAUGCCAAAACCAUAGAAAUAUCUUCGACAAAGCUCCGAUCCACAGAUAUCUAUUCUUUGAUGGAAGAGUAUGGUUUGGAUCUUCCCCAGGAUCUACAGUACGAGCUGUUUACAAAGAUUCGAAUUGCGAAAGCUCUCAUAUCUUCAUUAGAGACACGACAACAGGCUCUGGCGAUUAGAAUGCUUGCUGUCGCGAACAUGGCUAAUGUCUAUGCUGAACCCUUAUUCCUUGAAAACAUCAUGAAACAGGAUGGUGACGAGCCAAAGCGUUUACAAUUCAUCUACCAAGUUGCUGAUUUGGUGCACCCGCCCGCAGAAGGUGAUAUCGCUGUCUCAAUAUACAUGCAGACGCUGGCAUUUUCAACCCUCGAGGCCAUCGCUGGAAUUUCAACAAAAUUCCAAGAUGUCUGCAAGGCUCUGAAUACUACCAUCAACCACGGGGUCAUGUUGUACGUUAUCCGCAAAGCUGUCGCAGAGAUGGCUGUAGAGGACCUUGGUGAUAAGUUGACAGAAAAGGAUCAGUGGCGCAACGCUUUAUUCUCUCUUAUGACUAGUCUCUGUCAGUAUCCCCGCACUGCAGAGGGCCUUGUCACAGCUGGUUUGAUACCUAUCAUGAUUGAAAUUCUUGGAUUGCGCACUACUAUUGCCCAGCGCUAUCAACCAAAGACUUUGUCAUUUUUGGACAAUGUAGUAUAUAGUGCUCGUGAAGCCUUUCAGAUACUGGUCAAUGCAAAUGGUCUCGACCGUGUCUCAGAUUUGAUUGUUCACGAGACGACCGUUGCUUCAGCCAUGGCAGAAUCUGGCAACGGAAUGCCAAUCGAACAUCGUUCGCCAUCCACUGACUAUGAGAUCCCUUUCUAUCAGCAACAAGUCUUGAAAUGGCUGUUCAAAUUUAUUCACCAUAUGAUGUCAUCUGCAAAUAGUUACGGAGGCAACUUUGACCGCAUUUUGCGAAAUCUCAUUGAUUCUUCACAACUUCUUGGUAGUUUACGUCAGAUUAUUGGAAACGCUCGCUGUUUUGGCUCCAUUGUCUGGACCAACGCCGUUGGUAUAUUGAAUGGUUUCAUCAAUAACGAGCCCACGAGCUUUGCAAUCAUUGCAGAAGCUGGCUUAAGCAAGGGGUUUCUCGAGGCUGUCACUGGGAGGCCAAUUCAGACGCUACCACCUUCUGGAGCAAAAAAGAGGCGUGGUUCCGCACACCUAGCAAUUGAAGGUCCAGACGGGGAUAUCUCGACAGCAUCUUCUGACGAAGAAUCUGAUGAUGAGCCAUUUUUUGAGGUAGACACCACCCCGCACCCACCAACAUUGGCGAUGCUUCAAGCUCCCCGCGAAGGGCCACUUGCUCGUGGCAUCUUACCAACUCAAGAAACCAUUAACAUUGUACCGCAAGCAUUUAGUGCGCUCUGCUUGAACAGUGCUGGUAUGAGGAUGUUUCGAGCCUCCCGUGCUCUAGAAUCGUUCUUUGAGAUAUUUGAGAGUCCCGAGCAUGUCAAAUGUAUGGAGUCAAGUGGUGAAUUGCCAUCUAGUCUAGGCGGUACUUUCGAUGAAUUGGCACGACAUCACCCACCUCUUAAGGGUGCAAUUAUCAACGCUAUCCUUGAUAUGGUCGUCCGAGUGGGUUAUCUAUGCAAAAUCAAGGCUGAGAAAGAUAAAGCAGGUGUUAAGUUGUGGGAGCAUGAUUCCACUGGCAAUGUCGUUCCUGUAGGUGCCUCCUCAAGCAGCCCUUCGGAUGUAAAGGGAAAAGGCAAGGCAGAUGAUAAUGGUAGUGAUGUUGAAAUGCGCGAUGCCGAUGAAGCAGUACCCGCUCCAGUAGUACCCAAAGACUCCGACACUUCCAUGACCGCGUACAUCACCUCGGUUGCUUCCUUUCUUGCGACUGUUUUGAAUAACGCCUCCGUCCGUACCGAGUUCUGUGCCAGAGGUGGCAUUGAGUAUGUGCUCGAUCUCGCCGAGUCUCAAAGUCUACCAGCCAACUUCGGAGACGGCAUAUCCGGACGAAAUCUGCAAAAUGUUAUCGCUCUUCUCGCCGAGCAAAAACCAUAUCUCGUGAUCCCAUCACUUUUGAAGCGAGCUCAGGCUGCCGCAGAUGUUCUCCAACCAUUUGCCACACACAACUUCAGCACAUCUUUCUUUGCUCCGUUUGUAGACAAGCAAAGUCAUGAUCAAGCCGACAAGGAGAUAUUGGCACAAGGCACUGCUUUUGCGAAAGCUUUUGUCAAUGUCCAAUCCUUGGUAUCUAAUUUGACAGCUUCCAUACAAGGAUCCCCAUACAGUCACAGAAACACUCCGUCUGGCUUCAAUUCUAUGAAUUUCGCUGAUCACUACAACCGCUUAAUUCAAACCCUAGGUCCGCUCUUAGGCGCAUCUAUCAAAGAGGAAAUUCUGUUGCAGACGUUUGUUCCCAAGAGCUGGCAACAAAUAUCACCAGCACGAAUUAAGGACAGCUUAUUGAAGGAUGUGUUUCCAGAAGCUGUCAUCACCGAGCCAUCCCACACUGCUGUUAAUGCGCUAGCAGCAGGUGUCGAAACCGACUCUCCAUCUCCAUCUGCUGGUGUAACAGGCCCUGUUGCAUCGCAAGCAGACGUUGUAGAAGCCAAUCCCGUUCCGGAUACAUCCGCCAAGCCAUCAGGCCAGUCGACUCGGAAUCCUACGGAACUGCAGACCCCUGGAGCUUUAAGAAACUCUGCUCAAUAUCGGAACUAUCAAACGUUCCGUUACCUCCUUGGCAAGGCGACUCGGGUUAUUAGUCCCUUCUUCCAGAAUGUUGGCAAGGUACUGCUCAGCAAGCGCAAUCCUGAUCCAUACUACAGACAAAACCAUACCACUAUCGCCGAAGCUUUGUCUGAAUCUAUUCUCAGCCAAUUGGCUCGCUCCGGCGAUGACAACAGUACGGAAACUUACUCAUAUUGGAUCGAGUUGUUGCAUGUACUCAAGGAUAUGUUAAUUGAUUGUAAGAAUCGUCCCUUUCAUUAAUUUAGCACGAUGGAAACUGAUAUUUUCUAGCUUCUCGUCAUACAGAUCGUCAAAUUCAAACUAUCAGUAUUGUCUUGCAAGCUUUCAAGGAGCGUUCCGGCUUCACCACUCUGAAUCGAAUCCUAGAAGCUUUUACCUCCGAAAUCCGUGCGCCAAGUGAUCUGUCACCUGAGCAGCAGAAGGAGGAUAAGACACCCGAAAAGCCCGUGAAGCAUGGAUUAGCGGCUAUCGGUGCCAAACAGAUCAUUUCUAUGUACUCGAUCCUCGCGAAUUCCAAGCAUGUAAUCGAAGUUCCACAGACCUUGGCUAUGAUGCCUCGCAAUGAACGAGAUCGAGACCGUGCCCGCCUUGACUCUUUUACUCCUGGUCAGUUCAUGGUGGAGCUUCGCAUGGCAAUAUUACCUACUGUCCGGAGUUUGUGGGAGUCUGAUUUGAUUGAAAAGGCUCCGAGCCAAAUAUCAGAGGUCCUCAUUGAAGUAAUUCGUACUAUAGCCUCCACGGAAGGUGAAGGUGGAGCUAUUAGGAGAACUGAAACCCAACCUACCAGACAACCAAAACCUUCCCGGAAGGCUUUCAAAAUUAACUCUGAUAACCUUAACGUGCUCAAAGACCAGGGCUAUGAUGAGGAUUUAGCCAAGGAGGCUUUGUAUCGUUGCAACAAUAAUCUUACUACUUCAACUGACUAUUGCAAGGAACAGAAGAGAGAAGUCGUGGGCGCUGCCCAAUUCCCGAGGAUGACAUUGAGGUUGCUCCCGAGCCUAGUGGUAAUUCUAGACCUUCAAGUGGAUCUACCGGAUCAGCAAGCCCAAGUGAGCAACCCGCGGCUAGCAGUUCUGCACAUCCAGAUGUAACAGCGAUCAUUAACUCCCUUCAAACAGUAGCCACAGUUCCGGCAUCAGGUCAAGUAGGUACACCUGGAUCAGCCGAUGACCCUUUUACGCCCCAGGGGUUUAAUCGCAUGAUGAACCAACUCUCCCCAGGUUAUGAUAAUAAAAGCCAAGAUGUAUCGAAUAGCGCCGGUUCUAGCGCCCCUCGUGAAAGUCCUUCACUGAAGCCUACGCAAUCCGUCAAGGCUGAGGAGCCCGCUGUCAAGCAAGUCACCGUUGACGAUUUGAAUGAUGAGCGUAAGCUCAUUCGAGAAAACUUGAUUGAUAAGUGCUUGGAUGUCAUCAAUGCUCAUGGCGAUGUCACAUUUGAGAUAUCAGAUUUGAUUACUACCGUGGUCAAUAAGUCUCCUGAUCAUUCUGGACUGAGAAAGGUCGUUGCUGAAACACUUGUUGUCGCCUUGAUGUCCUUCGCUGGUGCAGAAGAUGUUCGCACUGAUGGAAACAAGAUCGCGGCCUAUGCACAUUUACUGGCGUUGAUGUUACGUGAAAAGCAGUUCUACGCCGCUGCAGUGGGAGAGCUUAAGGAAAAUCUGUUUACAUUGCUCACUUUUGUCAAGCUAUCUCCUUCGCAUUCCGCCGAGGAACCAUCGCCAUGGAUUGCACAGAUCCUUCUGAUUGUUGAGAUGCUUUUGAGCGAAGAUGCUAAACCAAGAAAGGCUAAGUGGACACCACCAAAAGAUGAGAAUGAAAAGACAGAGGCACCUGUCAUUGAGCAUGUAGAGCUUGCCGUAUCUGAAGAGGAAAGAUCUCAACUUUUAGAGUCAAUUCUGGAUAUCCUUCCACGAAUUGGAAAAGAAGAAUCGCUCGCACUUGCUGUACUUCGAAUCCUUGUCAUAUUAACACGUACUCGCUCAAUUGCGCAAGCCAUGGGCGAGAAGAAAAACAUACAGCGAUUGUUUGUAAUGGCGAAGCAGCUUGCUGGUGCUAGCUCGACUCGCAUUCACAGCCCUCUUUUGCUAAUUCUCAGACAUAUUGUUGAGGAUGACGAAACCAUCAAACAAAUUAUGCGAUCAGACAUUAAAGCCUUCUUUGAUCACAACGUUCGACCGCAGCGAUCCCCUAUUGAUCUUCAGCUCUAUUUAAGAGGGUUGCAACACGUCGCCAAUCGUGCCCCAGCACUAUUUGUUCAAGUAACCAACGAAAUGGUCAAGUUUACAGGAUGGCCAUUAUCGUCUGACCCCACAAGUCGUGUACCCUCCUUGGUCCUCAAGGGUGACCCUCUCACUGAAUACACUUCCUCUGCCAAGAACUCUGAAGAUACGGUUCAACCGACAGUACAAGCCACGGAGGAUCUAAGUCUUCAAGAUCUCAAACCAUCUACUGAGGUCAUUGAUACCGAUAUGCCGGAUGUUGGAAAGGCAGCUUCCUCAGAGCACAAAACACCCGUAGUCGAGAACCCAGAUGGCGUUAUUCACUUCCUACUUUGUGAGCUCUUGAAUUACAAAGAUGUGGAAGAUAAGGAUCGUCCAGCCACUAGCAAUACCGAGAAGGCUACCUCAUCCGCCGGGGAUGUGUCAAUGAUUGGUGCACCGUCCGUGCCUGAUUCACCUGCACCCAAAGAUGGCCAAUCUACCCAGGAGCCCACGAAACAGGAAUUCAAGGCCGACGAACAUCCUAUCUAUAUCUAUCGAUGUUUCCUGCUGCAGUGUCUCACAGAACUGUUGUCCUCUUACAAUAGAAGCAAGAUCGAGUUCAUCAACUUUAAGCGUAGUGCUCCUCCUCAGGCAAUGACUCCGUCUAAACCCCGAUCUAGUGUGCUCCAUUAUCUCCUCGCCGAUUUGUUACCAAUUGGAACAUUGGAUUAUGCAGAAAAUACGGCCAUUCGCAAGAAGCUCACCACUUCGCAUUGGGCCGACUCUGUUAUCACUGCUUUGUUGAACAAGACCGGAGAACAGAUCCUUGACAAGUCUCGAGAACAAAGCGAUGGAGAAGACGAACCUGAUCUCUUGUUCGUUCGACGUUUUGUCCUAGAAAAUAUUCUCAAAGCCUACAAGGACGCAAACGCUUCUACUGAACCCCUCGAGGUUAAAUAUGCUAGGAUGCUUUCACUUGCUGAUCUCAUGAUGCAUAUCAUGACUGGAAAGGACAAUCUAGGAACUGCGGAUACAUCUGUUAGCAAGCGAUCACAGAUGCAGCUUAAGCGCAUUGUGUUCGAAAAGGGAUACAUUGCAGCCUUGACUGCUUCGGUCGCAGACAUAGAUCUCAACUUUCCCGGCGCAAAGCGAGCUGUCAAAUAUAUUUUGCGACCUCUCAAGCAGCUUACUCAUCAUGCCAUCUAUCUCAGCGAAAACUCACUUAUAUCCUCUCCUCCAGGACAAGCUGACGAAGACGAUAUUGAGUCUGCUACUUCAGUGUCAGAUCUAGAAGAUGAGCGAGAAGAGACCCCUGAUCUGUUCCGAAACUCGACUUUAGGCAUGUUCGAGCAAGGGGAUGAGAAUGAUACAUCAUCCGAUUCCGAAGAUGGUAAGUUGUACCCAGUGUCAUACUUAUUAUGUAGCAGCUAACUUUUGUAGAUGAUGAAGAUAUGUACGAAGGCGAAUACGACGACGGUAUGGAGUAUGAAGAGGAAAUGGAACAAGAUGACGAGGAGAAUGUUAGUGAUGAGGACGAUGACGGCAUGGGUCCCAUCGAAGGCCUAUCUGGCGAUCAUGGCGUUGAUGUCGAAGUCAUCAUGGAGGAUGAAGAAGAUGAUGACGAAGAUGAUGAUGAUAGCGAAGAUGAUGAUGAUGAUGAUGAUGACGAGCACGGCUCCGAGGAAAUGGAGGAUGAUGAUGCUCGUAUCGAAAUUCUUGACGAGGCCGGAAAUGUCCAAGAGCUUGCCGAAGACGAAGAUCUUGAUGAUUGGGAAAGCGAUAACGACGAAGAAAUGGAGGAAGAUGAUGAAGAAGAAUAUGAAGAAGGUUAUGAGGGACCAGGAGAGGACAACGAACAGGCACAUGUUCACGCCCAUUCUCUGGGUGAUAUGGGCCCUAUUGGCAAUCUUGUCCGCGUUCUCGCCGGUGCUGGUGAUGACGAAGAUGCCGUUGAAAUGCUUCAACGUCUGGAAGAAGAAGGUGUUGGUGACCCUGAAGAUGACGAAGAAGAACCCUUGGGUGAAUACAUGGAAGAAAUUGAAGAGGAAGGUAAGGAUUGUGUUUCUCCUUUAUUUUGGAUGGUCCUUGUUCGCAUUUGUAAGCAUUUGCUAACCUUGACUGCAGAAGAUGAAGAUGAUGAGGAUGAUGUGGACGAAGAAAUGCUCUUUGAGCACGCAUAUCCAGGUCAGUCUAGUAUCAGACCAAGCUCUACGGUCCGACUAAUAGAUCAAGCGGACGGCCCCGGUCCUAUCUUUGGUUGGGAGGGAGAUGUUGAGCCUCCAAUGGUCAUCAGCAACCGUGUACAUCAAGGCCGACAUCGUCAUUCAUUCCCCAGUCCCUUUCCAUUCCUUCCCGGAGGUUCGCGCGAUCCACUUGGUGGUAGGUUGUCUCAACUCUCAGAACUAGAAGCUGCGAGCAGAUUUGCAGAAAGACGCAUCCGGGCGGCAGAAUCUGCGAUUCUGGGGCGAAUUAUGAAUGAUCAACCCAGACAGAAUAGAACUGAUAGAUUUGUAGUUCCAGAUUUUCGUUAUAGAGCACACAGAUCCGGCGCCCCACCUCCAUAUUCCACGGACGACGGCACGAAUCCUUUGCUUCAACGCAAUGGCCCAAGUGGUCCAAGCCGACCUGGCUAUCGAGGACCUCAAAUAGGCAGCUGGAUCCAAGCACCGGGACCAGGCGCCUUGAUUGACAUGAGUAGUGUUCUUGGUGGACGUGCCUUCGGUGAUAGCCCUGAACAAAUCCUUGAUAUGAUCAGAUCCUUACGUAUCCCAGGAUCGAUGGUUCGUAAUGGACAAGCUUUACAGUUUCACAUUACCGCUGGUCCUGGUCAGUUGCCUAGGGAACUUGAAGCAAUGUUUGGCACGCGUCGUCCUCGUACUGACAACCAUCGCGAUACGAGCGAGCCUGGAAGCGCUACAUCUUUCACCACUCAGUGUACAGCCGCGCGAUGGUCAGAAGAGUCGAAGUUACUCUUUGGACCGAGUAAUGUUGAGGUCGCCCAAGAGCUCAAAAACGAAAUAAUGGCAGGACUUGUGCCUCCUGCUAUUGAAGCCGACAAAGUUGUCAAAGCAGCUGAAAUGGAGCGAAUCCGUGCGCUGGAAGAAGAAAAGAAAAAGCGACUCGAAGCAGAAAAAUUAGCUAGGGAAGCCAAGGAGGCAGAGGAGAAGGCAGCCAGAGAGAAGAAAGAGGCUGAAGAGAAAGAAGCCGCUGAAAGAGCUGCAGCUGAGCUUGCGGCUACCCAAAGUGCCGAGGUUGAUGAACAAACCGGAGAGUCUAUCGAGGCUAAUAAUGCCAACGCAACAGAUGCCAUGGAGGGCGUUCAGAGCGAAGCACCAGAAGCGGCUACGCAUACGGAAGCACAAGGAGCGGAAGUUCCAGCUGCUGAUCGUCCUAGAGUCAUGACUGUGAUUCGUGGCAAUCCAUUUGAUAUUACAGAUUUGGGUAUUGAUGCAGAGUUUCUUGCGGAACUUCCAGAUGAAAUCCGUGAGGAAGUCAUCAUGGCUGCUGUUGCCGAACGACGUCAACAAGCUACUGCCACCGGCUCACAACCAACCGACAUUGACCAGGAAUUCCUUGAUGCCCUUCCAGAUGACAUCCGAGAAGAAAUCAUGCAACAAGAGGCACAAGAACGCCGUCGUCGUGAACGUAACGAACGACGAGAAGCAGCCGCUGCUGCAGGUGGAGGUCCGCCAAAUGGAGAUAUGGACCUUCCAAGCAUUCUUGCCACCUUUUCACCAGCUCUCAGGCAGGAAGUUUUAAUGGAUGGUGACGAAGAUUUUAUGGCAUCCUUACCUCCAGAUCUCGCUGCCCAAGCACGUCAACUACGCAGAGGUCAACCGGAUCAUCCUGGUCAUCCUGGGAGAGCACCUGUGGGUGUUAUUCGCCGCCCUGCUCCUGGUGAGGAAAUUCGAGGUGCUCCUCAACAGCCAAGAGCUCGUCGGGCAAUUGUUCAGAUGUUGGACAAACAAGGUGUAGCAACGCUCCUGCGUUUGAUGUUCAUUUUCCAACACAGCAGUUUCCGAAGUACACUCAACUCAGUCUUGCAGAAUGUCGCAUUGAACAAGCACAACCGCGCCGAGCUUAUCAGCACCCUUCUUCAUAUCCUUCAGGAUGGCAGUGCCGACAUGACCGCAAUUGAGCGAAGUUUCUCUUACUUGUCAGUCAGAGCUAAGCAACCUAAGGAAAAGGAUCCAAAGACACCAACACAAACUCUUCGAAGAACACUCACUGGUCUCGGCUCUCUUGCGCAGACAAAUUCCGAAGCAUCGCCACUCAUGGUAGUCCAACAAUGUUUGACAGCCUUGGUCUAUCUUGCUCAGACUAAUUUGCAUGUUGCCUCUUUCUUCCUAACUGAGCAUGAGCCAUCAGGCGGACUCAAGCGUAGUCUCAGUCGCAAAGGAAAAGGGAAGGACAGUAAGGCACCAAGAUAUGCACUUAACUCUUUGCUCAGUCUUCUAGAUCGCGACCUUAUUAUGGAGAGCGCAACUAUCAUGGAACAGCUUUCACUCUUACUUAAUAUUGUCACUAGUCCACUCAUUGCGCUAGAGCGAAAACAAAAGGAGGCCAUUGAAGAAGCAGAAAGAGCCAAGGCGGCUGCGUCUGUAAACGAAACAGCGGAAGCCACUGGUUCUACCGACGCACCUAAUCCUGAAACUGUUACCACCGGUGAAAGCACGUCUACGGAACAGCCACAAACAUCCUCAGAGACUGCCGCUCCUGCAGAAAAUUCGUCUGCUGAUUCGACUGCUGCUCCAGCACUUUCGACGCUUGUUAUUCCAACAAACGCUGAUAGUGGUGAAGCCUUCGCCAAUCCAGAAACUGAUUCCUCUAAACCUGCAGAUGCCUCUAAGCAAGAACAGAAGAAAAUCCAUGUUUUUACGCCACCGGUCGUUCCAGAACACAAUCUCCGAUUGGUAACAAACAUUUUCUGCUGUGAGUGCAACUCUAAGACCUUCCGAGAGACAAUAUCAACCAUCAAGAAUCUUUCCACAAUACCCGGGGCGAAAACUAUUUUCGGAAAAGAACUUAUUGCCAAGGCUCGAGCAUUGGGAGAAGUCAUCUUGGUAGACCUUCAAGACCUUCUUCCUCAGAUUCAAAAAGCUAGAACUGGUACAGAGAUCCAAGGUGUCGCAUUAGCAAAGUUCUCUCCACCGGCGUCCGAUCAGCACAAACUUUUACGUGUUCUCACUGCUCUAGAUCAUUUGUUCGACCCCAAGCGUGAAAAGAAGGAUGAUUCCGCCAGUGAAGCAGAGGACUCCUCCGAGAUUGUUGAAAAGCAAGAUCUUCUGUCUAGCCUCUAUGAGAACUCGACCUUCGGACCAAUGUGGGAGAAGCUAAGUGCUUGUCUCAGUACAAUUAGGCAACAAGAUCACAUGCUUAGUGUCGCCACUAUUCUUUUACCUUUGAUUGAAUCGCUCAUGGUCGUUUGCAAGAACACCACCCUGAAGGACGCACCUCUUACUCGAGCUGCUAAGAAUAAGGAAAUGGCUCUUGCUAGCCCCGUUCCAGAGUCACGUAUGGAGAACUUGUUCUUCUCAUUUACCGAGGAGCAUCGAAAGAUUCUCAACGACCUUGUCCGACAUACACCUAAGCUCAUGUCUGGUACAUUCUCCCUCUUAGUAAAGAAUCCCAAGGUUCUUGAGUUCGAUAACAAGCGCAACUACUUCAGCCGCAGCAUCCACAGCCGCAGUCAAGGUUCUCGUGCGGUUCCUCCACUACAGCUAUCUGUUCGUCGAGAGCAAGUAUUCCAUGACUCUUUCAAAUCUCUCUACUUCCAAACUCCGGAUCAGAUGAAAUAUGGCAAGCUAAGCAUUCGUUUCCACGGGGAAGAGGGAGUUGAUGCAGGUGGUGUUACUCGUGAAUGGUUCCAAGUUCUCUCUAGGCAAAUGUUCGACCCUGGCUAUGCUCUGUUCAUUCCCGUGUCUUCUGACCGUACUACUUUCCAUCCCAACCAGUUGAGUAGUAUCAAUGAGGAGCAUCUCAUGUUCUUCAAGUUCAUCGGUCGUAUCAUCGGAAAGGCACUUUAUGAAGGUCGUGUUCUAGAUUGUCAUUUCAGCAGAGCAGUUUAUAAGCGCAUCUUAGGCAAAGCUGUUUCAGUGAAAGACAUGGAAUCUUUGGAUCCAGACUAUUAUAAAUCUCUGAUAUGGAUGCUUGAGAACGAUAUCACGGAUAUCAUCACCGAAACCUUCUCCGUUGAUAAUGACAAGUUUGGCGUUGUUGAGACCAUUGACUUUAUUGAAAAUGGACGCAAUGUUGCCGUUACAGAGGAGAACAAGCACGAGUAUGUGAGAUUGAUGGUCGAAUGGAAACUUACAGGAUCUGUCAAGGCACAGCUUGAUGAGUUUUUGAAGGGCUUCCAUGACAUUAUCCCUGCUGAACUGGUCUCGAUCUUUAAUGAGCAGGAACUGGAAUUGCUAAUCUCUGGACUACCUGAAAUUGAUGUUGAUGAUUGGAAGAGCAACACCGAAUACCACAAUUACUCAGCAUCUUCUCCACAAAUCCAAUGGUUCUGGCGUGCUGUUCGCUCGUACGACAAAGAAGAACGAGCCAAGUUAUUGCAAUUCGUCACGGGAACCAGUAAGGUACCUCUCAAUGGCUUCAAAGAGCUUGAGGGCAUGAAUGGCUUUAGUAGAUUCAAUAUUCACCGCGAUUAUGGCAACAAAGAGCGACUACCAUCUUCUCACACUUGCUUUAACCGUAAGUUACGCUGUCUAAUUCAAACAUGUGUUCCUAUGCUAACUAAGUACACAGAACUCGACCUUCCAGAAUACGAAAGUUAUGAAACCCUUCGUGCUCAAGUCCUUACGGCCAUUACAGCAGGUAGUGAAUAUUUCGGCUUUGCAUAAAGAUCAAUUACAAUAUGAAGCAUUUUUUCUUUUCAUUAUGAUAUCAUGCAUGGCAGGCUUUUGAUCAGCAUUUUACGGCGUCGAGCUUUCUUUUUCGAUGAUAUGUGUGGGGACAAGGCUGUCUUCUUUUAACCAAAGUGAGUGGUAUUUUCGAGGAUGGGUUUGCUUUUUUCGGGUUUGGAGGAUAUGAAUUAAGCAAUAUUAGGUAGAUAAGUAGGGCGAUGGAUGGCAAUAUUUGGUCUGGGAUUCCCGGGAAUGAUACCUUUAAACGAAGUGCAGGUCGUUUGUAGGAUGAAUUCCUAAGAGAGAAGGACUAGAUAGAUGAGCCAUCAGAACAAAACUUUCAUAGUUGGCAAAAAGGGAUGUAAAAUUAGAUAGCUUAUAUUUAGCAUUCUGAAUCAUUAUAAAUU